AUGUGUCUUACGAUUCUCCAUCCAUGCGCGUCAAUUGAUGAUAUUCGUAAUAUUUCUGCUGAAUUAGGAUCUGAUAUAUCGUUACGCUGCGAAAUUCCUCAUUUGCCGACAAAUGCCGUGGUUACGUGGGUCUAUCGUCAACGACAAGAACAUUCUGCUCGGAACUCACCACCGACCAAAUGGCUGCCGUUGUAUGCGAAUUCUCGCCGUUUGACCCAAAAUGGACUCCGUUUCGCCCUUGAUUUCACUGGUUAUACGGCGAUGGGAGGUCAUCAUACAUCAAUAUUAACAAUAAACAGUCUAACAAAUUCUGAUGAAGGAGUUUAUAUGUGUAAAUCGAAUCAUAAACAUUCGAAAACGGUCAUAUUUGAUGUUCAUGUUGUGGCCGCAAUGUCCAUUUAUCCACAAGAUGGUAUAAUUGAAUUACAACAAAACGAUUUCUGGCUAAAUUAUCCCAUUAAUUUCACAUGUACCAUAAGAAAUUCAAAUGUUAAUAAGAAACACUUAUUAUGGUAUCAUAAUAACCAAGAAAUUCGAAAUAAUUCUCUCAAUCACUAUCACCGGCACACGACAUCGUCUCACACGCUGAUCGGAUAUCCUCAACAUACCACUGAUGAAGCGAGAUUAACAUUGAUUAUUCGACAUCUUCUCGCAAAUGACAGUGGUGCAUACACAUGUAAAUAUAAGCAAAUCACAAAACAAGUUAAUUUGGUGUUCACAUCUGAUGCACGUGUAUAA